CUCGGACCGCGGGCUCGCCAUGGCCGCCGUCCCGGACUGGAAGCGGCAGCUGCUAGCCCGGCGCCGGCAGGAGGAGGCAGCGGUCCGCGGCCGGGGGAAGGCGGAGCAGGAGCGCCUGGCCCAGAUGCCGGCCUGGAAGCGGGGACUCCUGGAGCGGCGCCGCGCCAAGCUCGGACUCUGCCCGGGGGAUCCGAGCCCUGGACCCGGGCAGGCGGAGCCCGGCCCUCCCGAGCCAGACGAGUCUGCCGUCCUCCUGGAGGCCAUUGGGCCGGUGCACCAGAACCGCUUCAUCCGGCAGGAGCGGCAGCAGCGGAAUGAAGAGCUCCUCGCAGAGAGAAAGCACGGACCGCCAGAUCCCCGAGAGAGGAGACCCGGCUUGGGAGAGCCACGAGACCAGAACCUCAAGGGAAGAGAGGCCAGAGAAGAGAGGCUGAGUCCUCGGGAGGCCAGGGAGAGGAGGCUGGGGACUGGGACGACCCAGGAGUGCAGCUCCACGCCUCUGGACGCCCGAGACUGGAAGCAGAGCCCGGGAGAGGGAGGAGACCCGAACUCCAGGCUGCCCGAGGCUCGGAAGUGGAGGCAGAGCCCCGCCGAAACUCCGGAGCAAAAGCCCGGAAGGAGUGAGGUGACAGAGAGGAGGCUGGGCCCGAGGGAGGGCGGCAGCCAGAACCCGGGCCCGGCGGAGGUCUGCACAUGGAGGCCCAGCCUCGGAGAGGCCCGGGAGCAGAGCGUGGUGCAGCUGGAGAAGGCAGAGUGGAGGCUGCACGCAGGACAGAGAGGAGACAGUGGAGAGGAGUGUGGGGGGAGAGAAGAGAGCCCAGCUCGGUGGGUGGCUCCAGAAGAGAUUUCGGGGUCCCCAGAUACCCCAAGCAGGAAACCUCAGGACAGCAUCUCCAGAGGUGUGGAGACGGCAGAACAGAGGCCCAGCCCUGUGGAGGACAGAGGGAGGGGCCUGCGGUCCACCGAGGGGUGGACAUGGACCCUGAGCUCCGGGGCAGCUCAAGAUUGGACAACCAGGGACACAGACACAUCAGGCCCGAAACCAGGACCACUGGGGCUGGCUGAGCAGCUGCUGGAGCCUCAGGGUGUGGAGGCUGGGGAAGGCGAGGCCCAGGAGGCCGAGAAGGAGGAGCAGGAGGAGGGGGCUCAGAGCGGGCCUCCCGGAGCCCCACGGGACAGCAGCUUGACGCCCGCCCCCCUGCCACCAGAGGACGCUGGGACCGGAGCAGGCCCGGGGCAGCAGCAGGAAGAGGAAGUGGCAGUGCUGCAGCCCCCACCCCCAGCCGCGGCUGCCCCCCAGCCGUCGGGGGAUCCCCUCAUGAACCGCCUGUUCUACGGGGUGAAGGCAGGCCCGGGGGUGGGGGUCCCGCGCCGCAGUGGACACACCUUCACGGUCACCCCCCGCCGCCCGGUGCCCCCAGCCAGCCCAGCCCCAGGCGAGGCUACAGCCCCCGGCGCUGGGAAGAAACGCUACCCGACUGCUGAGGAGAUCCUGGUUCUGGGGGGCUAUCUCCGGCUGAGCCGCAGCUGCCUUGCCAAGGGGUCUCCCGAGAGACACCACAAACAGCUCAAGAUCUCCUUCAGCGAGACGGCCCUGGAGACCACGUACCAGUACCCCUCGGAAAGCUCGGUGCUGGAGGAGCUGGGCCCUGAGCCCGAGGUCCUCGUGGCGCCCAGCGCCCCAGCAGCCCCGCUGGACGAGGAGGAGGAGGAGGAGGAGGACGAGGAGCCGCCGGCCGGGCUGCGCGGCGGGCUGCGCACCAAGGCCCUGCUCGUGGAUGAGUCCUGCCGGCGGUGACGACCUCCAGCACAAGUGUGGCCCACCUCCGGCCUCCGGACCCCAAGAUGCGCC